AUGGAAAAAGUAAUUCAGGAAUUACAUUCCAAAAUCGAGGUACUGGAAGCGAAACUUAAAACAAAAGAGCCAGAGAUUUCCUCAGUUAUGGACUCAUUAGAACGAAUUACAGAUUAUUCGAGUGAUGACUUCAGACCACAGCAAAGGAGGCGAUCGCAUAAGCGAAAAAGAAAUUUGGCAGUCACCACGGACUUGAGUUCGAUGAGAGAUUACGAUUCUACAUUUAAUAAAGAUGAUGAUGAUACUACAGCGAAAAAUGUAAAGCGAAUAAAAGUUUUGAAACCAAAAAAUAAUGUUAAAACUAAUAACGAGACGGUGGCUAUUGGUGAUGGAAAUGUUGUGGUCCCGGCUAGGCUUCUUAAGCACAUUGAUUGGACUUCAUACACAAACGCUACAAGAAAACUACUAACUGCUAUUUUUUUUGAAAUACUGGCAACCCACUCUUUAACUGGAAAAACUUCGCCAGCAUUUCCAGACAAACCAGCUAAAAAGAAGCUUAAUCUAUCGACAUAUACUAAUGGCCAUUUGACAAUGACUACUGUGAUGAUAACAUCCGAAAUGGAUGCGGCUCUGGCCUUGUUGGACUUACACAGGAAUAAUAAUGAGAGAGUCAAUUCCCACCCUAGGGCCAAUAUGGAUGGGCAAGUUCAUAUUGCAACAAUUUUCAAUAGUUUCGUAAAUUCCAAGACUUCGCAUUCACCAAGUACUAGCCCUAACCCUACAACAACCGCUGAGCGAAAAUCGUGGAAGGUGUCGCCAGGAAGGAAAAGUCGAAAAACCAGUCCAGUACCAAAGAAGACAACAACAUACGAUAUAGCAACCCAAACGGAUAUCGACGUAGAUAACGAAUCUGAAAUAGAAAAAAUGAGAAAUGUUAUUAAAGGUUUAUGUGCCAGAAUAGAAGAACUAGAAGCGAAACUCAAAACCAAAGAGCAAGAGACUUCUUCAGUUACGGACUCAUUAGAACGAAUAACAGAUUAUUCGAGUGAUGACUUCAGACCACAGCAGAGGAGGCGAUCGCAUAAGCGAAAAAGAAAUUUGACAUUCACCACAGACUUCAGUUCAAUUGGAGAUUACGAUUCUACAUUUAAUAAAGAUGAAGAUACUAUAGAGAACGAUGUAAAGCGAAUAAAAGCUUUGACGCAGAAAAAUACUGUUAAAACUAAUAAAGACACGGUGUCUAUUGGAGACGGAAACGCUGUGGUCCCAGCCAGGCUUCUUAAGCAUAUGGAUUGGACUUCAUACACAAAUGUAACAAGGAAACUUCUAACUGCAGUAUUUUCGAGAAAAGUACUGGCGACCCACUCCUUAACUGGAAAACCUUCACCAGCAUUUCCAGACAAACCUGCAAAAAAGAAGCUUGAUCCAAUGUUGGUAAAUGACAUUGUGCAGACGGUCGUAGAAAAAUGUUGCGUACCCGAAAAUGUUGUCAGGACCAGUAUCACAACAAAGUGUGCGGACGAAAGCAAAAUGUUCCGCACACGAGAACAAAAUAAAAAGAAGAAAAUGACCUCAAAAAAAGAAAACAUCACCCCUGAUGAUGAAUCAGAAUUGACAAUGACUACUGUGAUGAUAACAUCCGAAAUGGAUGCGGCUCUGGCCUUGUUGGACUUACACAGAAAUAAUAAUGUACCAAAGAAGAUAACAACAUACGAUAUAGCAACCCAAACGGAUAUCGACGAAAAUAACGAACCUGAAAUAGAAGAAAUGAGAAAAAUAAUUAAAGAUUUGUGUGCCAAAAUAGAGGUACUGGAAGCAAAACUCAAAACCAAAGAGCAAGAGACUUCUUCAGUUACGGACUCAUUCGAACGAAUUACAGAUUAUUCGAGUGAUGACUUCAGACCACAGCAGAGGAGGCGAUCGCAUAAGCGAAAAAGAAAUUUGACAUUCACCACAGACUUCAGUUCAAUUGAAGAUAACGAUUCUACAUUUAGUAAAGAUGAAGAUACUAUAGAGGACGAUGUAAAGCGAAUAAAAGCUUUGACGCCGAAAAAUACUGUUAAAACUAAUAAAGACACGGUGCCUAUUGGAGACGGAAACGCUGUGGUCCCAGCCAGGCUUCUUAAGCAUAUGGAUUGGACUUCAUACACAAACGCUACGAGGAAACUACUAACUGCAGUAUUUUCGAGAAAAGUACUGGCGACCCACUCAUUAACUGGAAAACCUUCACCAGCAUUUCCAGACAAACCUGCUAAAAAGAAGCUUGAUCCAAUGCUAGUAAAUGACAUUGUGCAGACGGUCGUAGAAAAAUGUUGCGUCCCCGAAAAUGUUGUCAGGACCAGUAUCACAACUAAGUGUGCGGACGAAAGUAAAAUGUUCCGCACACGAGAACAAAAUAAAAAGAAAAAAACCUCAAAAAAAGAAAACAUCACCCCUGAUGAUGAAUCAGAAUUGACAAUGACUACUGUGAUGAUAACAUCUGAAAUGGAUGCGGCUCUGGCUUUAUUGGAAUUACACAGGAAUAAUUAUGUGAGAGUCAAUUCCCACCCUAUGGCCAACAUGUCUGUGGAUGGGCCUGUUCAUAUUGCAACAAUUUUUAACGGUUGCACAACUUCCAAGAAUUCGCAUUCACCCAGUACUAGCCCUAACGCUAAGACAACCACCGAGCGAAAAUCGUGGAAGGUAUCGCCGGGAAGAAAAAAUCUAAAAACCAGUCCAGACCCCAAGGAGAAAAUAACGAACAAUGUAGCAACCCAAACAGUUACCGAAAUGGAUAUACCUAAAAAAGAAAAAAUGGAAAAGGUAAUUAAGGAAUUAAAUUCCAAAGUCGAGGUACUGGAAGCGAAACUUAAAACCAGAAAGCCGCAGACCCUCUCAGUUCCAGACCCAUUCGAACAAAUAACUGAUUGUUCGAGUGAUGACUACUUCAGACCACAGCAGAGAAGGAAAUCCAAUAAGCGAAAAAGAAAUUUAACAGUCACCACGGAUUUCAGUUCAAUGAGAGAUUGCGAUUCUACGCUUAAAAAAGAUAAAAAUUAUAAUACUACAGAGGAAAAUGUAAAGCGAAUAAAAGUUUUAAAGUCUAAAAAUAAUGUUAAAACUAAUAACGACAAGGUGGCUAUUGGUGAUGGAAAUGCUGUGGUCCCAGCUAGGCUUCUUAAGAACAUUGAUUGGACUUCAUACACAAACGCUACAAGAAAACUACUAACUGCUGUAUUUUCGAGAAAAGUACUGGCGACCCACUCUUUAACUGGAAAACCUUCACCAGCAUUUCCAGACAAACCUGCUAAAAAGAAGCUUGAUCCAAUGCUAGUAAAUGACAUUGUGCAGACGGUCGUAGAAAAAUGUUGCGUCCCCGAAAAUGUUGUCAGAUAUGAGGACCCACUGCAUGGUAAACACAUAAGACGGCGUGUUAGUAACAUAACUCCGCAGCUGGCAACCCCAGUGAGGAGUGUGGCUAGUGAUGAUGGAAACGCUGUGGUCCCAGCCAGCCGUCUCAAACAUAUGGAGUGGGCUUCAUACACAAACGCUACAAGAAAACUACUAUCUGCUGUAUUUUUGAGAAAAGUACUGGCAACCCAUUUUCUAACGGGAAAACCCUCACCAGCAUUUCAAGACCAACCGACUAAAAAGAAGCUUGAUCCAAUGCUAGUAAAUGACAUUUUGAAGAUGGUAGGAAAAAAUGUAGCGUCUCCGAAAAUGUUGUCAAGUAAAAUAAGGAUAUGUGGCAGAUUUUCCUAUACAAGAUAA